AGCCAGUUGUUUGGCUAGCAAUCCUCGGGUAACCCUGUCUUUUGGGUGAUUUGACGGAAAAUGGCUAUAACAGGCUAACUAAACAGACAGGUUGUAAGUAGUGGCGUCGGCGGAUGCCAUAGGCAGCUGGGCUGGCAGCGACGCAGUUUACCUCUGUUGUCUCAAUGAGUAAUGAACCCUUUCUGGAGCAUGUCUGCAAACGCCAGCCGCAAGAGAUCUGACAGUGAGGAUAAAGGUGGACAGGGGGAGCAGAGAACAAGUCCCCCACGAGCUCCUUUUGGCAAGAAGCAGCUCCCCUCCAUCCCCAAGAACGCCGUCCCGGUGACCAAGCAUGUCUCGCCCGCUGCCUCGGUGCAGUCCACCAAUGGGACGCACGCCUCCUAUGGACCAUUCUACCUGGAGUACUCUCUGCUCGCAGAGUUCACUUUGGUGAUAAAGCAGAAAUUGCCUGGGAUAUAUGUCCAGCCCUCCUACAGAUCAGCACUGAUGUGGUUUGGGGUCAUUUUUAUAAGACACGGUUUGUACCAGGAUGGAGUUUUCAAGUUCACGGUCUACAUCCCAGAUAACUACCCUGAUGGAGAUUGCCCGAGAGUGGUGUUUGAUAUCCCAGUUUUCCAUCCUUUGGUGGACCCGGUGUCAGGAGAACUUGAUGUCAGGAGGGCCUUUGCCAAGUGGAGGCGGAAUCACAAUCACAUCUGGCAGGUUCUAAUGUAUGCCCGCACCAUAUUCUACAAGAUCAGCACCGUGGAGCCGCUCAACCCUGAGGCUGCUGUGCUGUACGACAAAGAUGUUCAGCUUUUCAAAAGCAAGGUGGUGGACAGUGUGAAACUAUGCAACAGCCACCUCUUUGACCAGCCGAAGAUAGACGAUCCUUAUGCAAUAAGUUUCUCUCCAUGGAACCCAGCUAUCCAUGAUGAGGCAAAGGAGAAGAUGUUCACAUAUAAAAGACGGCCUGAGGAUCACCACAAGGGGCUGCAGGUGUCAGGACUGUCCUGGGUGAAGCCUGGAUCUACACAGCCCUUCAGCAAAGAGGACAGCACUCUCCAGACAUGAGCCGGCAGCCCUGCCUGUUCACCACUAGAGGUCACUGCCAGCGCAGGAGACCUGCCACAGGCUUGCUCUCGCUGUCCAGAAAUAACACGCAAAACAGAAUCAGAAUCGGUUGUUUGGACUUCAUUGUAAUUUGCACCUCUAUUGCUCAGCUUUAACUGAACUGUAGGUUACUGCUCAAGAAAGUAGAAUUAAAGGCUUUAGUGUUUUCUGUGUAACUCAAAAGCGACAAGUGGAUGUCAUAGCUAGGUCUAGAGUAAUUCAAGCAUUUUUUUCAGGUUGACUCAGGAUUGAGGAAUGUGUUUUUUUUCAGGUUGUGGUGGCUUUUGAGUUGCUCAGGUUGUGACAUUCUACACAACCUUUUACAUGGAUUUUUGUUUGAGUUAUGAUGAGUCUGAACAUCAAGUGAAACCACAAAUCAGACAAUAACACUACAUGUUUUGUUUUUUUGGUAGAUUUCUAAAUAAAGGUUAGAAGUGUUCUUAAUUCAGUCACAUGGUGUAUUACAUGUCUUAAAUAAGUUUAAUAUAUGAUGGAAAGGCAAGGCAAAUACAACUUUAAUAUAAGUUAUAUAUAAUCUUCUGUUUCCAUGUUUUAAUAUUUUAAUUCAGCAGAAAUGUGUCUGUGAUUUAAUCCUUAAUGAAUCAAUGGUUCUGACGUCUAAAUGUAACUAAAUGGUUAAGUGUAAAUGCUUGACUUACCAGCUCAAUAUGAAGGUGGUGGUUUUGCUGCAGCCUUUUUUUGGCUACAUUUGUCUUUAUAGACAGCUGAAAGUUAGAGGGACAUUGACAUUUCGUUCUCUCAUUCAUAGUGCACAUAAUGCCAUUCAGUUCUGGACUGGUAAAUGAACCGAGCAAUUAUUUUGUUUUUCCAUUC